AUGGUCUCAGAGGCGAGGCUUCAGCAAGUAGGAGGCCAGCCUGCAGCCCUCCUCUGGCUGCAGCUGGUGCUGCUGCCACCAUGGGCGCCCAUCACCACCCUAAACCUGCGAGGGUCCUGGGCCGACCCCGGCCCAGCUCCUGCAGCCGUGCGAGCAGUGGAGGGUGGGCCUCUGACUCCGGAAGCACAGCCAUUGGCCUGGGCAGCCACAGGUGGCAGGGGAGUCUCCACAGCGUGCGGGAAACCCAAGGUGAUGUGGCGGAUCACUGGUGGUCAGGAUGUGGUGGCUGGCCAGUGGCCAUGGCAGGCCAGCCUGAUGUACCAGGGCUUGCAUGUCUGUGGAGCUGUCCUCAUCAACUCCCGCUGGCUGGUUUCUGCUGCCCACUGCUUUCUCAAAAAAUCCCAUGCUCCAGAGAACUACCGGGUUCUGUUAGGAAGCACGCAGCUGUUUGAACACACUCAGCACACCCUGGAGAUGUCCGUGAGCCAGAUUGUCAUGCACCCAGACUUUGAGAAGCUUCAUCCCUUCGGAAGUGACAUAGCCAUGUUGCAGCUGCUCUUUCCUGUGAACUUCACUUCCUACAUCAUCCCUGCCUGCCUCCCAGCCCCUGGCUUGCAGCUGCCUAAUAAUGCAUCCUGCUGGAUAACUGGCUGGGGGAUGCUCAACGAGGAAACGCCUCUGCCCACACCCUUCCAUCUCCAGGAGGCUAAGGUGGGCCUCAUUGAGAACCAGUUCUGUAAUCUGGUAUAUGGACACAGGCUCAGCAAGAACUUCUCCGUGUAUGAGGAGAUGCUGUGUGUUGGGGACUUCUCUACAGGAAAGGCCAUCUGCCAUGGCGAUUCCGGGGGGCCCCUCGUCUGUGACCUCAUCAGUUCAUGGGUUCUGGUGGGGCUGGCCAGCUGGGGCUUGGACUGCCGACAUCCCACCUACCCCAGCAUCUUCACCAAUGUCAGCUACUUCUCCCAUUGGAUUGACGAGAUCCAGAAGUGCACACCCCUCCCUGAGCCCAUGGCCCCUCCUCCUCACACCCAGGUUCCAUCCCAGUCUCUGCAGGCUGCUGGCUCACCUGGGCCUGGCACAGCCUUUGUGCCUUCGGAGACCUGGACCCUGCUGCUGUUUGUGCUCCGGGUCCUGUGGCAGGCCUGGUGCUGA